ACAUUUCAUUUUUAAAUUGAAUAACAUUACAUUUCUCAAAAAUCAUUAAAAACAACGAAAUAUAUGUAAUAAAGUAUGCUAUCAAAUGUAAUUUUCAUGCAAAGAAUGCAUUCUUAAUCCUCGUACAUCCGUUUACCUUUUAUUUUAUUUAAGCUUAGCUAUGUAUGUGUGUACGUACAUACAUUCAGAGAUAAGUUACAUCAGUUUUUGAUGAUCAAUUAACAAAACAAAACAUGCCUGUCCUCAUUCUCAUAAAGGGCUUUAUAUUUAUAUCUGGAUAGAACUGACCGGCUCCAAAAAAUGUAUCGUGGACGAACCGGUUGACAAUUAGAUGAUUUCAUAAAUUGCCGCCGGAAGUGCGAAUUGCAGGCGAUAAAACUGUUUUCGUGUGAUGGAAUGUAGUGACAUAUCUAGAGUAUCGUGCUGGAGCAAAAUAUCAUUUACCAUAAAGGAAAGCAAGCGUUUAUCAAACAAAGUUACCGUCUACAAUAUCUAGUUAAACAAGUGAAAAUACAAAACGUGUCCUCCAAAGUCCAAAUAAUGAAAUGUUCUCAAGGAAGGAACAAUUAAUUCAACGUACAGGAGAACAUGGAAUUGGUCGUUUUGACUUUUUAAAACUUUUAGUUACUGAAUUUAAAACUACUAAGUCAAAAGAUGCAAAGCAGCAAGUUUUGGCUAAUCUGGCAAAUUUUGCAUAUGACCCAGUAAACUAUGAAUAUUUGCAACGCUUAAAAGUUAUUGAUUUGUUUUUGUUAACACUUUCUGAUGACAAUAAGCUAUUGGUUCGAUUUGCUAUAGGAGGUAUAUGCAACUUAUGUUUAGAUGUACAAAAUAAGGAAUAUAUUUUACGUAAUCAAGGCAUAUGGAUCAUUUCAUCAUUACUUUCUUCAUCCGAUGAGGAAACCGUUCUGUCAGCGAUAACGACAUUGAUGUUUCUGAUGAAUCCCACUUCGAAGAAAGAAAUAACUUCAUCUGAAAUAAUCAAAUAUAUGCUAAAUUUCUCUGAAAGUGCCAACAGUCGAAUUAAAAAUUUAGCUCAACUAUUUUUAAUGGACUUCUGUGAAGCCUCCGAUAUCGAUGAAGUUAAGAAAAGUUUAGAAAUUGUUUCAGUGUGAGAAGCAUAUUACAAUUUAUUAAUGAAAAAAAUGCAGAAGUUGUCUCAUUUGAAAAUGAUGCAAGUUCUUCGACACCAAUUUAAUUAUUCCACAAAAGUUCCUGCAAUUCUUGAUUGGGUCGAACUACAAAAAAAAUUGAAAAUUGGUAGUCAGGCUUCAGUUGUGAAAACUGUGACAAAAAUUGAUAUACUUAAAUUUGCUGAAUUAACAGGAGACUGUAAUCCAAUUCAUGUUAGUGCAGAGAAGAAUAUUGUUCAUGGGUCAUUAUUAAAUGGUUUGGUAUCUGGGGUAAUUGGCACUAAAUUACCUGGACCUGGAACAUUGGUAGUGGAACAGUUAAUUAAAUAUCCAAAGCCAUGUUAUGUUGGAGAUAGCGUAAGAGUAACAGUAACAAUUACAUCUGUAAGGAAAAUAGUUAUGUGUAAAUAUUCCUGCAUUGCAAACCAAGAAAGAGUAGUUUUAGAAGGAGAAGCAAAACUUAUUGUUAGUAAUGAGAAGAUAAAGCAAGCCUUAGGCUCAAAAACUGAAAUUGCUCAAGCACAAGUUUUCAAGGAUUUCUUGAAGUGUGUCACUCACCAUGUAACUUUGUUGACUGCAACGUUUGCAAAUGUGUCUCAUUUUUGCAAUAUCAGCGAUUGCACCAUCUGAAUGCAAAUACCGGUAAGCUUUCAGUAAGGUAAUACCUGC